GUCAUUAUUAACUGCGAGCCUGGAUGCCCUGUCGACGGACUCGGUAACGGCGCAAUAAUUCAAAGACAAGCAUUGCAAGCUUGAUGUCUACGCCAUCGAAUAUCUAUCUUGACCUCAGCGUGGAGGAACACCUCAAGCCUUCCGUCUUCAAGGGAAAAUUUGAUGUCACGGAUUUUGUAGGUGCAGUUUCCGAGAAGCUGAUUACCCAGUCAAAGGCCGAUUCUGGACCUUUCGAUCCCAAAUCCUUCAUUCGCAACUUUGAGGCUGCUGUAGACAAGCUUAUUGCCGUUAGGAAAGAUGUUCAGGCGAAAACGGAGCAAAUGGAAAAGAGUGUCCGUGUUUCUGAGCGGGAAUAUUCCAAGAAAAUGGCAGAAUUAAACCGGGGCUUUGAGGCGGUCGGAAACUCGUUUUCCGGAAUGGAAGUCAGAAUGAACGAAGUGAGCAGUACGGCAAUACGCAUAGGUGAACAGCUGGAAUCUGUCCACACUGAGCGGCAACGAGCGCAGGCAGCAUAUGACUUGAUUGACUUCUACAACCAGUUCUCCCGAGGAGAUACUGCUCGUCUAGAUGCAAUGAGAAAGGAAGGGCGGAGCGGAAGACGCCAGGUCGCCAUCUUGCUCAGGCGCUUGAAUACCGUUGCAAAAGAAGUGGAUCUUCCCACAGCUGACAAGACUCGAGAAGCAAUAGAGAAAUAUUGUGAGAAGUUUGAGAAAGAGAUGUUGAACCUUUUCGAUAGGUGCUACAGAAAGGGUGACCCAAAGAUGAUGCAUCACUGUGCUCAGACACUAUUAGAAUUCAAUGGUGGAUCUUCUUGUGUCCAGGUCUAUGUCAAUCAGCAUGACUUCUUUAUAAAUAACGUGCGAGAAGCCAAAGGAGCGGACGAUGUCAUACUAUGGAAUACCCUACCGGAUCCAGAUGCAACCCCACCGAAGAGUGAAGUUGGCUUGACCGAGCUAUUCUCUGAAAUACGAGCGACUGUGGACACAGAAGCACAGAUAGUCAAGGCAGUCUUCCCAAAUCCCCCAGUGGUUAUGCAAGUCUUCCUUCAGCGCGUGUUUGCACAAUCUAUCCAACAACACAUGGAACAACUUUUACAUCGAAGUAACACGAUGUCCGAUCUGUCGUACCUCCGAAUACUGCAGAUGGUUCAUGUACAAGCCUCCAACCUCGUUGAGGAUCUCAAGGUGUACGAGCUUCCUACAGUUUCGGCGCGGACACCCUACGAGGUGACAGAGUUUCGUCGGUCAAUCAUAGGAUCCACGUCUUCUGGAUCUACCACCUCGACAACCGUCAGCACCAUGCUUGAAACAGCGAUGGAGGAGCUCUUCGUCCCAUAUACCGAAGGUCAGAGAUACCUUGAAAGGGAAAGUCGCAGUUUGGGUGCUCUGUACGCUGCUUUGCUUUCCAACUUCACCCGAUAUCAUGAGAAAACCCAGAAAGGGAAAUCUUCAGUGUUUGACCUUGUCGUUAACCAAUUAAGCGCAGCUGCUCAGACCACGUCGACAAGUGGUGUAUCUACAACUUCGGCACAAGCUGCCAGCGCAAUACUGAAGUUUGGCGGAAUUGAUCGAUCUCAGGACAGCGAGGAGCCAGUCCGUGAAGAGGAUGGACAGUUGAGCGUCGACAUCGCCGAAAAGAUGCUGAAAUGGCAUGCGGAAGCCAUUGGCAGAUGUGUCGAACUUAGUCCUUCCAACGACGUUGCUAAAAACACGUUUGCACUACUUCGUGUUCUUGCGGAAGCAAUAGGAAAUGCCUACGUAGAGGCCGCCAUUGAGACAGCACUGGCUCGUUUAGAGGUAGCUGAUGCUAAGACAGAACCUAGUCUCCAGCUGCUGUCGACCUUACGUUUUGCAGAUCUCAUCUGCCAUCUGUGGCAGCAAUACGUCAAUACUGCUUUGCUUCCACUCGCAAGCUCAUCUGUUACCACACGCCGUGAGAUGGUGGUCUUCAAUAACCAAGCCGUCAGCCGAUUAGAAGGUGGCGCUAACCAGCUAACCCAACGUCUUACUGAUGCAAUUAUUGCAUGGCUAUCGCUACAAUUGACAAAACAGAAGAAGAACGACUUCAAACCGCGAAAUGACGAUCUCUCGUUCGCUCGAGUCAAUACAGAGCCAUGCGUUGCAUGUUGCGAAUCGCUGGAGAAAGUUCGGGACGCCGCCAAGGCUAAUUUGAGUGGCAAGAAUCUAGAGGCCUUCCUCACAGAAAUUGGCGUUUCUUUUCACAGUCUCCUGUUAGAGCACCUGCGCAAGUUCCCCGUUAGCGCAACCGGUGGCCUGAUGCUUACCAAGGACAUCAAGAUGUACCAAGACACGAUAAGCAGCUUCGGUAUCCCACCACUCACCGAAAGAUUUGAAUUCAUACGUCAGCUCGGCAGCGUGUUCCUUGUUCGACCGGAUAUUCUCAAGUCGUACAUCACGGAGAACUAUCUUGGGCGAAUAGAUCCUACAUUACUGAAACCUUAUCUUGCGCUGCGCAGUGAUUGGGGUCAGUUGGAGAAGGGUUUCGAUGACGAAGCCGACAUACCGGUAGAGGGUGCUCUCGCGGAGACGAAAGGUCUGAAGGACAGGUUUGGCCGACUGAGCCUGAUGAUGAAAGAUCUGGAAGGGUUGAAACUUGAAGGCAUUCGGGAGAACAUGCCUGCAAUGCCGACUAGUAUUACGAGUAGUUUUUCGAGGUUUAGUUGAAA